AAUACCUACCUCCUAGGUACUAGGUACGUUACCUACCUAUUUUGAGGGAGUCACUACCCAAUCAUCCGCGUGCCAAUGAACGCAUGCCGCAUAUCAACAGCAAAUGGGCACUCACACUGCAAGCUAACUGGGUAGAUGCAUGUAAGUUAAGUAGAUAACCUAGUACGGCCGAAACGUGUUAUAGUUACAUAUACAUCGUUAAUACAACAUGUCUCUCCCUUCCAACGUCCAUGUCUCCAAGCACCCGUGCCUGAUGGCUAAGCUUAGCCGCCUCAGAUCCAAAGGAACCGAGUCCCGCGAAGUCAAGACUUUAAUAAACGAUAUCUCGGUGAUCUUAGGGUGCGAAGCUCUAGCCUCUGCGUUGACGCCUGUUGAGGGCCCAAAGGGCGAGACCCCGAUCGGGUUCGAAUACACCACCACCACAGUGCACCCGCAAGCCCUGUCCAUAGUGCCUAUCCUUAGAUCAGGACUAGGCAUGGUAGAAGCUAUACAAACCCUCCUCCCCCAGCCCGUCCCCGUCCACCACCUGGGCCUAUAUCGCGAGCCCAGCACACUCGAGCCCGUCGAGUACUACAACAACCUCCCGCACCACGGCGCCUCCGCCGGUAGCACCGAGGGCAACCAAGUAGCCAGUCUUGCCAUUAUAGUAGACCCCGUCAUCGCCACGGGCGGUACCUGCGCUGCCGCCAUCCAGACACUUAAGGAGUGGGGGGUGAAGAAGAUCCUGGUACUGUCCGUCAUCGCCGCCGCGGAGGGCGUAACUCGCGCUGCUGAGGAGUGGCCCGAAGCUGUGGAGAUUUGGGUUGCGGGCGUCGAUGCUGAGCUGACGGGCAACGGCAUGCUGAAACCUGGCGUAGGGGAUGUGGGCGAUCGAUUGUUCUUAACGAUAGGGAAGUAAAGAGCAUAUGAUACAGCCCUGCCCCUGGAAGCCACGGAAGGGGGUUGGGGAAUAUUAAAUUACUAGUGAUAGACUACUCCUACUUGAAUGCAUUGGCAUAAAAAUAGAAAUGGCACAUUGGCUAGAAUAGCUAUUUAGAAUAUUGACCCAGUUGCUACCUGA